AUGAGUUCUUCAAGGGCCCUAGGGGUACCUGAGAUGGUUUCUUGCUACUCCUCAGCAAAGCAGCGGAAACCCAUUGCUGCAACCAAACGCAAAGCCCCGAAAGCAGCCUCCAAAGACCGCCAUGUGAAGGUGAACGGCCGAGACCGCCGGAUCUGCCUAGCUCUCAACUGUGCUAAGCGUGUGUUCCAGCUGAGUCAAGAGCUCGGCCAUCGGACUUGUGGUCAGACCAUAGAGUGGCUGUUGCAGCAAGCUGAACCAGCCAUCAAUGCUGUCAUUUCCAACAAUGCCGCCGCCGCCGCGGCUGCUCCACCGGUCACUGGUUCGGCUCCUCUCCCCUCUAGUACUCCUCCUCAACCAUCUGCACCAUCUGUUGAUUUAUGUGAUAAUUCUAUGAUGCUGUCUUCAGCUGAUUUUGAGCCCCAAACAGUGCCACCUUUUCCUGAAAACCAAGAAUCUGGAGUACCAGUGUUGCCUAAUACCUUGGAUGUUAAUGAUUUUGAUUCAAACUUUGAGAUGGAUCUGUUUGAGAGUGAGAUGGCGAGCAUGCAAUUUGCAAAUUUUUGGCAAUCGCUGAAUGGAUGA